CAUCGACAGACAGCUGUUGGAAAGAAGCAAAGGGGGAGGCUGAGCACACAUUGUUGGGGGGACAGCAAGCUAACUUUAUUCUCUUUUUUCGGGAGAGUGAAUAAAACUAAAGGACACAGAACCAAAACAAAACCGAAUGAUCUAAGAGAAAAACUAUAUAUUUAAAGGCCAACUCUCUUUCGUCGCUAUCGUGCGGAUCAGUUGAAGAUAGGUCUCCAAGCACAGAAUUGACAAUCGAGGGGUAAGGAGCUCAACGGUGAACCGGCGCCGGGGAGGCAGUCGGAGCGCCCGGUGCUGGAUGUACUCGGCCUCUCUCUCCCCAGCGGCCUGCCAUGGGGGAGACCAAAAUUAUUUAUCACCUGAACGACCAGGAAACGCCAUACCUGGUCAAACUGCCCAUCGCAGCGGACAGGGUCACUCUUGCCGACUUCAAAAAUGUCCUCAAUAAACCAAAUUACAAAUUUUUCUUCAAAUCAAUGGACGAUGAUUUCGGGGUGGUAAAGGAGGAAAUCUCAGAUGACAAUGCCAAACUGCCGUGUUUCAACGGGCGCGUGGUGUCCUGGCUGGUGUCAGCGGACGGCUCCCAUUCUGACGGGGGCUCUGUGUGUGCAGACAGCCAGGCUGAGCUGCCCCCCCCUCUGGAGAGGACCGGGGGCAUCGGAGACUCCCGCCCCCCCUCUUUCCAUGCGAACGCUGCCUGCAGCCAUGAGGCUGUGGCCAAUGACACUGAGGCAGAGUCUACCGUUCCCCCACGGAGAGAGAGGGAGAAGGAGAGAGACCGGGAGAGAGAGAGGCCGCGUAAGAAAGACGGUCAUGACCAUGGCGCCCGUGUGAACGGCCACAUGCGGGCGGAGAGGAGGCCGGAGCUGGCGGGGUAUGAGAGCUGCUCCACCCUCAUGAGCAGCGAGCUGGAGUCCACCAGCUUCUUCGACUCCGAGGACGACGACUCCCUCAGCCGGUUGAGCGGGUCCACAGAAAAGAGCAGCUCAUCCAGACUGCUGAGACGGCACCGCCGUCGCCGACGGAAACCUAAAACGCCACGCAUGGAACGGUCAUCCUCGUUCAGCAGUAUCACAGACUCCACUAUGUCACUGAAUAUCAUCACUGUCACUUUAAACAUGGAGAAGUAUAACUUUCUCGGCAUCAGUAUUGUGGGGCAGAGCAACGAGAGAGGCGACGGUGGCAUCUACAUUGGGUCCAUCAUGAAGGGCGGGGCUGUGGCGGCCGAUGGGCGGAUUGAACCUGGAGACAUGCUGCUGCAGGUGAAUGACAUCAACUUCGAGAACAUGAGCAACGAUGACGCCGUGCGGGUGCUGAGGGAAGUCGUGCACAAGCCGGGCCCUGUCACUCUAACCGUGGCAAAGUGCUGGGACCCCAACCCGCGCAGCUGCUUCACUCUGCCCCGGAGUGAGCCGAUCCGGCCUAUUGACCCUGCUGCGUGGGUGUCCCACACUGCCGCCAUGACGGGGGCGUACCCGGUGUACGGUAUGAGCCCUUCAAUGAGCACCAUCACCUCCACCAGCUCCUCCAUCACCAGCUCCAUCCCUGAGACCGAGCGCUUCGACGAUAUCCACCUGUCCAUCCACAGCGAUAUGGCGAUUAUCGCCAAGGCGAUGGCCUCCCCAGAGUCUGGACUCGAGGUGCGAGACAGGAUGUGGUUGAAGAUCACCAUCCCCAACGCCUUCAUAGGGUCUGACGUGGUGGACUGGCUCUAUCACCGCGUGGAGGGCUUCACUGACCGCCGUGAGGCGCGCAAGUACGCCAGCAACCUGCUGAAGGCUGGGUACAUACGCCACACCGUCAACAAGAUCACCUUCUCCGAGCAGUGCUACUACAUUUUUGGAGAUGUGUGUGGAAACAUGGCUAAUCUCUCCUUGCACGACCAUGAUGGCUCCAGUGGAGCUUCUGACCAGGAUACCUUGGCCCCCCUGCCCCACCCUGGUGUGUCCCCCUGGCCCCUGGCUUUCCCCUACCAGUAUCCUAUUCCUCACCCCUACAACCCCCACCCUCCACAUGAGCCACCCCGCGGCCACGCUGCAGGGGGAGGCAGUGCUGGCAGCCAACACAGCGAAGGGAGCAGCGGCUCCAGUCGCAGCACGGGCGCUAAGAAGGAGGCUAAAGCUGGAGCCGGGGCGGCGGAGUCUAAGUCUGCCGGCAGUGGCAGUGAGAGUGAGCUCCGGAGGGAGAAGGCCCCCAGCGAGCACUCGGCAGCGCCCCCUAGUGAACACAGCGUGCGGAGCACCCACAGCCUGCGCAGCGCCCAUUCUGCCGCCCCCAGCCUGCCCUACGGCCCCCCCGGCCUGCCCCCCCAGCCCCAGACGCCCCCCGCCGCGGCCCCCGCCGUGGCCCCCGCCGCGCCUGGCUCCCCCCCCGGCCGCGACCUGGACUCCGUGCCCGGCUCCCCCCCCGCCCGCGCCCUGGACUCCGUGCCCCCCGAAAUGGCCGCCUCCCGCCAGUCCUUCCGCAUGGCCAUGGGAAACCCCAGCGAGUUCUUUGUGGAUGUCAUGUGA